GAGGAGGCCAGUGUAAUUGUUUUAGGGGAGUUCCAUGUUCCACUGUCUUGUAUUACUUCCCUAUUGGAGGAUAGUGGAAGAAUCAGACAAAAUACAUCUGGGAAUGUCAAUACAAUUUAACUAGCGAGGACAGUGACGGACAUAAAUCUGUGAUAGUGUCACUGCGACCGGACGUCAUAUUGACGUCGUUGUGAGCCAGCUCAUUUUGCCAAUAUUUAUUGUUUAGCUUGUCCAUGAGAAUGGCUACACCAUUUCCUUCUCUUUCUAUUUUCAGUGUAAACAGCUUUCUACUUUCUAUUUAUGCAUAUCUGGUCAAGUGGGAAGUUGUGGGUUUGAUCUGGAAUGGGUCCAACAUUUCGGAGCCGUGAACACCUCCACAUAGAACGUUGUUUAGAAAGUUGCCCCGUCUUGCAGGGCAGUGGAUCACUGGUUCAAUCCCUCUGUGGUGAGGUGGACUUUCACUGGAGUAGCAAUUGUGUUAGCAGUAACACACUGAUGUUUUAUUACAUGAGGAUUACACGAGGCUUACUUGAUUGAAAGGUUUCUAACAAUGCUUAAAUUGAACUGUUGAUUUGGGUGUAAUACAAUGCAUUACAAUACAAUCACCUAAGGAUUGAUAUUAUUGGCGGUCUUACUGGGAAUUUGGAAAUUCCAUUGAUUUCAGGAAGUAUACAGAAAUUCCAGCUCUUUUAAAUGCUUCUCAAUGACAACACGCCUCUACUGUAAACAGUGUUGAAUCGCAUUGGAAACAGAGUCUAACCUGUGGUGAAAUAUUAGGAGAUAAUAAAGUUGUUUUUAGUGUGUGACGAGAAACCCGAAUAUUGCAGACGUCAUUCCCCCAGGCCCUGAAGAGCAGAACGACCAGCUGCACCUGUGCCAUUUUGCUGCUUCAGAAAUGCCUGCCUUUGAUUGACUGGUUCAAUAUUGACUCAGGCCAUUUGAUUAUGGAGGCUCAAUGUACCGUGUAGCGAAAGUCUAGCAACGCCAGUCUUUGAAGAAAAAAAUAAAAGGGAAACUAAACUGUACUGCUUCUCUUUCGGAAUACAAACAUAUUUGUUUGCUGAGGGGAAAUAAGAGGAAAUGAAGCUCACGGAAACUGUUGAAGAUGACUUCAACUGCCUCCCCUGUGACCAAAUUCACCACAGUGUCAUCCAAUGCCACCACCACCACCAAGUCCAGAGAACAAAUACUCACACAGAGCUCAGGGGCUAUGAUUGCCCUCAUCGUCGUGGCGAUCAUUAUCGUUCUAACCAUCCUGCUCGUUAUCCUAAAGACGUACAACAGGCGCACUCAUGUGUCCAGAGUGUUAGGAACCGUCUCCAAAGUUCCACCACGUCCAAAAAUGGCUUCUUCCUCUACAAUCCAUACCAGCAUGCCCUUGGGAAACCUACAAGACGGCUCUGCAUCCAGAAGCUUUGCUCAUUCAAAUAUUGAGUCUGGAAAUGGAUUCCGGCUACCUCGAGCUGAACUAAACAGCCUGGAGGAAAACAACUUGGAGCAGCAGAGUACAGUCAGCGAUUCGACAGUGGUCACCAUACAUGAUCCACCGUCAAUAGGAAAUACAUAGCAGAUCUCUAGCAUGUUGGACACAUGGUGAAGUCUGCAUGCUAUGUUGGAAAACAAAUAUGAACAAAGUGCAUAGGGAAGCAAUGGACACUAAGAUGGACAUAAACAUAUGCAUUUUUGACUACAGUGUUCAGGACUUGAAAAGAAUGAUUCUCCCCUCAGUGCAUUUGGGGCAGUGCAACCAACUUGAACUUGUCCUUGCUAAUUCUACUGUUGUGUUUCUGUCAAAGGUAGAUGUUGACACAUUCUUUAAUGAAUUCAGUUUAUUCUUAUGCAAGGUUUUUUUUAACAACGUCGUGGUUAUGGUUUUCACCAUACAGGGAAAAAUCAUGACAGUGUUUCGGAGAAAUGUCGAUACUGAACCACUGUGGAACUCCGGAAAGCAGACAGUUAUGAAUUUAUAAGUCCUAAUUAGUUUUAUAUCAAAU